GGACGGAGGACAUAAUACUGUUUUGGAGCCCAGAUUACAUCUCAGUUAUAAUUUCAAGCCAAAUAGAAGGGCGUCCACCUCCGAAUUUAUUUAAGCAGGAUCACUUUAAUUUUCAGAGUUCACACACACACACACAGUCACAUACUACUAUAUCUCUCUCCACUUCCUCCAUUCCCCCAUACUCUCAACGUCUCAUUACUACACCCACUGGACUAAACCAACCACAUUCAUUAUUUAUCCAACAAUGAGGCUGUUUUUGGCCGCCAUUUUCAUAUCCCUGGCGGUGGGUUUCGUGAAUGCCUGCUCGCCGGCGGACAAGGCGGCAUUGUUAGCUUUCAAAGCUGCCUUGAACGAGCCUUACUUGAAGAUCUUCGAUUCCUGGAAGCCCAGCAGCACCAAAUGCUGUUCCGACUUCUACGGCGUCAGCUGUGACCCCACCACCGGCCGAGUCGCCGACAUUAUCCUCCGGGGAGAAUCCGAGGACCCCAUCUUCGAAAAGGCCGGCCGGUCCGGUUACAUGACCGGUUCCCUCUCUCCUGCUCUGUGCAAACUCGACCGUCUCAGCACCCUCAUCGUUGCUGACUGGAAAGCCAUCUCCGGCGAAAUCCCGGCUUGCAUUCCGUCGUCCCUCCCCAAACUACGGAUCCUCGACCUCGCCGGGAACCAGAUCUCUGGGAAGAUUCCGGCCGAUAUUGGGUCGCUGGGCCGGCUCACCGUCCUCAACCUCGCUGACAACAGGAUCUCCGGCUGUAUCCCGGCGUCGAUUGUCAACCUCGGAAGCCUCAUGCACCUGGACCUCAACAACAACCAGCUCACCGGAGCAAUCCCGUCCGACAUCGGAAAACUCACGAUGAUGAGCCGGGCUUUGUUGAGCAAGAACCAACUCACCGGCUCGAUCCCGGUUUCGUUCUCCAACAUCUAUAGGCUGGCGGAUUUGGAUUUAUCCAUGAACAAGCUUUCGGGUUUGAUCCCGGGUCAGUUCGGGUCAAUGCGGGUCCUCUCCACCCUCAACUUGGAUAGCAAUCAAUUCUACGGCAACAUUCCGAGCAGCUUGCUGAGUAGUUCCGGCUUGAAUGUUUUGAACACUAGCCGGAACAAUUUGGAGGGCGAAUUGCCGGAUGUUUUCGGGCCGGAAACUUACUUCUCCGUCCUGGAUUUAUCGUACAACAAAUUCAAGGGUCCGAUUCCAAAGUCAUUAUCAUCGGUCAGGUAUAUUGGACAUCUGGAUUUGAGCUAUAAUCAUCUAUGUGGAACCAUUCCGAUUGGAGAACCAUUCGAACAUCUUGGAGCUUCUUCCUUUGCUAAUAAUGAUUGUUUAUGUGGCUCCCCGUUACGUACUUGUUGAGAUUAAUUGAGACGAAAGAUCUUGGUUAAUUAUAUUAUGGGGGCAAUAUUAUUAUUUGUUUAAUUUCUGUAAUUUAAUUAGCCGAAUCAAUGUCGGUUAAAUUGGUGAUAGUGUAAUACUUAUUUUUGCUUGUAAUUUAAGCUUCUUUUUUUUUUGGGGUACAAUUCCCUAAGCUUUUCUUCUCGAAACGUGAUUCUAAAAUUAUUGUAAUGUUGUAUUAUUAUUUGUUUGUUUGUAAAGUUACAUAACAGCAUGCACGUGAAAAGACGUGAGCUUUCCAUUUCGAUGGAAUUAUUUACGUAAUUGGUAAGUCCCGUUGCAUGUGUUGUUUGUACGUAUAUACGUAUAUAUAUAUAUAUAUAUAGUUAUAUACUUUAGCUAGCUUUAGUUCUUCCUGUUUUUAUUGAUUAAUUAAUUUAUAAAGUUAUUCC